GUCAACCGUCACAGUGUAUUUGUAAGCUAGCCAAAUAACAAGCAGCAUAGCAGCAUCUGUCCUAAGUAAAUUGGAGUCCGCACCUUCACCUGUGCAAUAUCAUACCUGUAGGCUGUGAAGGCUCGAACGCCCCGCCGAAUCUACGCUAUUGGAACCUCACGAUAAAAAGCCUCAUGAUACGCAUCGUUACCUCCAUUCUGUACUGGAUCAAUGUCUCGGCCGGUUAAGCGUCGUGUCUGGUCCGCAAUGUUUGCUGCGCCGGCGUUUCCCGUCUAUACUUUGUCUUAGUUGGACGAACAAGUCCUCAUCUCGACAUGGUCGCUGUCGGGUGCGGUUGUCUUGCUCGGUUUGACUUGGGUUAGGAGCCUUGUCUCGCUGUGUACCGAUCUCUACCGGACACCAGUGGCUCUAUGCUGGGAUGGCGCUUGUGAUGGUUACGUACGCGAGAUAUUGUUUGUCUGUGGCUGUGAAUCUAACCAGCAGGCACAUGUACGAUACGUUGGGUAUGCGUCCAAGGCUGGCGCCUCGAGGCUGUCUGGUAGCGCUGCGAAUAUCUUAUCCGCUACUGAUGUCCUGGUCUGGAGCGAGCAGCAAGAAGCAAAACCACUGCGCAGGGCGUCAUGCUGGCCCCGAGAGUCUUAGAGACACGAUCGGCAAAGUGCUACUUUGGAUGUAGUACCUAUGCGAAAAUUCGAAUGCUUCCCUAGUAGCCUACAAUGAUCGGACCGUGCGGCAUGAUCAACGUUGACCAAGAAGUAGAGCUUCUUCGUUUCCGGUGACCGAGUGUAAUCUGCAGGUCGAUAACGGUCGCCGUUGGACCAAACAAUCUUAUUACAAUGUUCUGAUACUCUC